AUUUAUGGCUUCGUCUAAUUGACACACAGUUGCAACCGUCAAUGUUAACCCGUAGUUAUCAGUUUUAACAAGAUUAUAUUACCGACGAAAAAUGCAUGGUAACAAAGCCAUGUAAAUCACGAUGUUGAAAGUGAAAGAUAACAACUGCGUUGUUGAACCAAAUUGAGUUCCUCAUUCAGUCACAUUGAAUAUCAAAGAACGAUGUGAAUAAUGUGGUUUUACAAAAGUACGUUUGUUUUGAUACUGGCUGGUGUUACAAUAAACGUGUCAGCAGACUACUUUUUAAGCAAUGGUUCUACCGAUUGGGGAUUGGCUAACUGCAGUCUUGCAGAACCAAAACUUAGUUAUAUCGAUGAUUCUUUUCAAAUCAAUGAAACUCUUGGUGUUCAUAACAACGUUUCUGAGGUCUGGAUUGGCUUUCAACAAGCAAAGAUCCCGUUUCUAUUCAUUGGUUGUGGAGAACUGAAUACCAAUUUUACAUACAACGUAACUACAAUAGGGUUUUGCUACAACCUCUGUGGUGGUUUCUUCGGAAUAAAGGCACUAGACGACGUUGUUCUUUCUAAAUCGACUCUAGAAUGUAAAUGCCCAAACGGGUCUUCGGCUACAAAUUCACAAAAUUGCAUACCUUCAGCAAAUAACAUGUGCGGGAAAAAAUGUUAUUCUAUUUAUGGUCAGUUUAACUUAAAUGAAUCAUAUGUCACAAAUCCGAAAAAUGCAACAGAAGAUUGUCUUACAUACUACUAUCCUUAUUUCCGAUGGGAACCGUGCAAAAUGGCAGAAUAUAAAAAAGUAAUGUGUAGCAAUUACAUAUACGAAGACGUGAAAUCAACGGCCUUAAUUGUAUCCAAAAUGGCGACAUCAUGGGUUGAAGGCAUGGCAUUAUGCAUAAAAGAAGGCCUCUAUCCAGCAUCCCCACGCAGUAUCAUGAAUAGCGGUUUUAAUUCGACACACUUACAGUAUUACUGGACAGGAGUUAUCAGAGCAAACACGUUGCUCCCGAAAUAUCCCAUCGGAGAUCUCACGCUGUAUCAAGAUGUACGCUAUGCGUUCCUGACAACAAAUAACAUGACUAUGCAGUUCGCAACACAAGGAAGCAAACGUGCUCUUUGUGAAACAGAAACCAGCUCAAUAUCACCUUCGACGUUCUCCGUUCAACCUGCCAAUACAUCAACACAAUUUUCAUCGACUACUGGUCUCACAACAGUUCCGACAUGUGAAACUAAACAAGAUACGCAGGAUCAGGUACACCAAUCCAAAACAUCAAACAGAGACUUUCUGGCUAUAGGAGUGGGCAUUGGAAUUCCAAUCGGAAUCAUUUUAGCAGUUGGAGGUGUAGUUGCCAUGGGUUGUCUCAGAAAAAGAGGAGUUUUAUCAUGUGGGAAGAUCAAAUUGACAGAUGGCCAAUCAAACGAAAGACAAGAAAUGAAUUAUGAAGACAUGGUUGAAAGAAAUGAAAGAAAUGAGAGUUACUGCGUGCUUGACGGAAAUGUUGAUUCUGAGGAACGAACUGUUAGCUAUGUUAAUCAACAAAACGAUUUGAACGGCACAUACAAUAGUUCAAGUUAUUACAAGAGUUACUACGUGCUUGGCAGAAUUGUUGAUUCUGAUGAAGGAACGGUGGGCAUAAUUUAAUCCACAGAACGAUUUGAACGGCACAGACAAUACUAAAAGUUAUUAAAAUACGAGUUCUUUUUUAACAUACCAUGAACUUUGGUUAUUACUUCAAUAAUAUAACAAAAACAUAGAUUUAAUGUUAGAGAUUACAUAAUUGAAAACAAUUAAUACAAGUAUACAUGUUAUGAAUUAAUUGAAACGAACCACAGUAACAUGCUGCUUUGUAACAUAAUUAAUCGCAUUGUGUUUCUAUUCGCGGUGUUAAUAUGUUUAUUUCAAAGGACUUUGUUCUAGUUUGGAAACAAAAGGCCUUAAAGUGUUCCCAUACUGAUAUUUUUUAGGUAUUCCAGUUGUCAAUAUUUCGUAGCUUAUCUGUUAAAUAAAAAAACAACUGUG